CCCUGUUUUGCCCUCGCUCGCUUUCCUUUGCCUUCUUUGCCGCCGUCGUUGACCCGAUCCACUGUAGCUCUUAGUUCUUCUCCUCUCUCUCUCUCUCUCUCUCCUCUCCCCUCUCCUGUCGCACUCUCCUGUUCCGGCCACCAGCGUGCCCAGCAUGGUGCAACGCUCGGGUAGAGGAGGGCGGAGCUGGUCUUCAGGGGUAGCUUGAACUGGCGACCGGAUUGGUUUGGAGACCGGUUUGUCCCUGAUUUGGUGCCCCAAGUGCAAGAUGGCCCGAGUGAUUGAACUGAGGGUGAAGAGGGAGAAUGAGAACCUAGGCCAAAUGCCAGGAAGGUGCCCAUACUACAGAUGGCAGAGGGAGUAUUUUGAGAAAUUGGUGAAGGAGAGGUUGAUUGCCUUGUUAUUCGAUGAUUGGGAGGAAGAUGAUGGAGAGGUGGAUUCCAAGAAGGUUUCUGAAGUAGGAAAUAGUGAAGACAUUGCAACUUCUGUUUGUAAUGGUUGUAGUACCUGUGGUAGUAGUGGUGAUGUACAUGUUUUAAUGAUCUGUCUGUAAUGAUGUAUAUGAACAAUUGAAGAAGUUGGAAGGGAAUGUUGAACUUUGUCAAUACAGUUCA